CUUAUCGCUUGAGCAAACUCUUAUUGUUACUCUACUUCAAUUCACUUCUCUCUUUGCUUAUGAAUUGAGACACCAGUAUUCCAUUGCAACAGCAAGAGAAAGAAGGUGAUCACUAUUUCCCCUGCCUUCCUAGAUCGUAAAAUCUCUAAAAAUGGCACCAAAAUCACCACCAUUUUCCUCUCUCCUCCCUAAAAAUCUCAUCUUCCACCAAACUCUAAUCCUAACCAUCACCUUCUUCGCUUACGCCUCUCUCCACGCUUCUCGCAAACCCCCUAGCAUCGUCAAAUCAGUCCUAGGACCAGAAAUCUCCAUAAAUGGCACCAACCCACUUCAAGAUUCUACCUUUUCUCAAUUGGGUUUAGGUUGGCCUCCUUUUAAUGGCACUUUAGGAACUCAUCGGUUAGGUGAGCUUGAUCUAGCCUUUUUAUCUUCCUAUGCAAUUGGUAUGUUUUUUUCUGGUCAUUUUGCUGAUACUACUGAUCUUAGGUUAUUUCUCUCAUCUGGGAUGUUACUAAGUGCUGUUUUUACUGUUGCUUUUGGAUGUGGGUAUUGGUUUAGUAUUCAUAGUUUCUUAUAUUUUGUUCUUGUUCAGAUUUUUUGUGGUGUUUUUCAGUCUACUGGGUGGCCUUCUGUGAUUGCUGUUGUGGGUAAUUGGUUUGGUAAAUCUAAGAGAGGUUUGAUUAUGGGUGUUUGGACUUCUCAUACUUCUAUUGGGAAUAUCAUGGGUUCUGUUGUUGCAUCUUCUAUGCUGAAAUAUGGGUGGGGUUGGUCUUUCUUUUGGCCUGGAUUUUUUCUGUUCUUGAUUGGGAUUAUUGUGUAUUUGUUUCUUGUUGUGAGUCCUGAGCUCAUUGGCUUGAAAAUUCCAAGCGAAAUCGAGUUGAACUCGAUUGAGGGUUAUGAUCAUGGGGAAGUUGAACGUUUGGGUCUUCUUAAUGAGUCCAAGGAUUCUAAAUCUUUGGAAGAAGUUAAGCCUCUUGAACAGGAGGGAAUGGAUUCGACGAAUGCAAUUGGGUUUAUAGAAGCUUGGAAACUGCCUGGGGUUGCAUCUUUUGCAAUCUGUCUGUUCUUUUCCAAGCUUGUGGCCUACACGUUUCUUUAUUGGUUGCCAUUCUAUAUAAGGCACACAGCUGUUGCUGGUGUGCACUUGUCUCAUGAAACUGCUGGAAUGCUGUCAACCAUAUUUGAUUUUGGUGGUGUUCUUGGAGGUGUUUUGGCCGGUUUGAUUUCUGAUAAACUUGAGGCUCGGGCGAUUACUUCUGUUUCAUUCCUCCUGCUAUCAGUUCCUUCUCUUGUUCUCUACCGUGUUUAUGGGAGUACUUCGAUGUUCACCAAUAACAUUUUGAUGUUUCUUUCGGGGUCACUAGUCAAUGGACCAUAUGCUCUCAUAACAACAGCUGUGGCUGCUGAUCUUGGGACACAGACUGCAAUUAGAGGAAAUUCUCGCGCAUUGGCUACAGUCACAGCAAUAAUUGAUGGAACUGGUUCUAUUGGAGCAGCUAUUGGUCCUCUUUUAGUUGGUUAUAUUUCCACCAGUGGCUGGAAUACUGUGUUUGCAAUGCUCAUUGCUUCAAUCUUCAUAGCAGCAUUGUCCUUGAUUCCUGUUGUGAAGUCGGAGAUAACAGAGAGGAAAUCUAGAAUCCAAAUGAACGGAACAGCUCAUUAAUAAAUGUAUAGCAGAUAGCUUUCCCAUAAUAUAUUGCGAGCAAGGUGACUCUCAGAGCAAAUCAGAUCAACAGACAUGGAGCUCUAUUUUUUAACAAUCCAUGAUUGCAUCAGAUAACCAACAAAUAUACAUCAAUAUUGUCAUUUCAUAGUAUUGCAGAUUUCAUGCUGCAAAGAGGUAUGUACAUUAUUUAUCUCUUUUCACACAGAUCUUAUUCCAGAGGGUAAUACAUGAAGAUAGCUUAAGUCGUGUAAAAAUAGCUUUAUACCCUAGAAUCUCUAGAAGUGUAGUCUGUAUCAUUCUUUGAAGCAUACUUGUUAAUAGACUUCGAGUUACAUUACAAUCGUUUUUCA